AUGUUGGUCGCGCACCACACCACCAAGCAACAGCCACAGCAAACAUUUUUCAAUAUCACCGACGACAACGACUCUCGCCAAUUCGACGAUCUUGAUCCAUACAGCUAUCACCAUAAGCCCGCUGCCGUGUCGCCGCCUCGCCAACAAAACAGUUCCCGCCCCGGAAGACGCCUCUCGCUGACUCCCAGCCGCGCGCUGUCUCCCAACUUUCUUGACACCUCUGCUGCCGCCACCGCCGCACAGGACCCAGUCCUCGUUGCUGGCCUUGACAGCGACACCGAGUUCGACCUGGACUUCGACUUCCAUAUACUGGCCGGAAACGACCUGAUGAUGCAGUCGGACCGCUGGCUACCAGCAAACCAUCUCGCCGCAGGACGGUCCUUUGGUCACCCCAGUUUUUCCCAUCACCGCGAAUCGUCACUUUCCUCUCUUGGUUCCACUUCCGCAGGCCCUGCAUCCCCUUUCUCGCAGACUACGUCCAACCCUCACAUCGCUGUCAGCGACUCGGUUGGUGACAGUUUCGCAAACAUGUCUUACUACGAAGACCCCUCAUUUCCUCUAGUCAAGCAGGCGACUGCCGGGGUUCACGAUAGCCUCUAUGGCCACCAAGGCCACGCACCUUACACACCUUCAGCAGAUAACCUGUCCAUGCCUCACGGCACUUAUGGUAACCUGCUGGCUGCCAACAGGCAGAGAGCUGGCGUCACUAGUGGUCACAGUGAACGCGGCCUGCAGCCGCCGCCCGACCUAUCUAUGAGCUCCAACCGGUCACAGCCUGUGUCAGUGGCGAGUUCCAUCGCCAGCAAUUCGCCUGCCACGCCAUCCCUUGACCAGGCUGACGAAGAGGCUAGGCGCCGAAAUGGUGAGAGACGAUUUAGUCCCCCCCCGGCAACGGGCACAGCAGCGGAUGACCUCCUAUUUUUAUUUGACGGCGGUGGCGAGAAUGAGAACGAGAACGAGAAUGAUGAGUGCUCACGAUUCUUCAACGAUAUAGUCGCUUUCCAUGGUCCCCCAAAGCUUGACCGUACAAUGACAGACGUCUACAAUGACGAGUUGUAUAGUCCGAACUUCGCCGCAAUGCCCACAUCAGCUCCCUCGACGAACGCGUCUCACAUGGCCCCAACAAGCCAGGAAAUGUUCGCUCAACGGCUGCAGCAGAUUAACAGCCAACACCUAAGUGCCGCCUCGCAUCAGUCACCGGUAUCAACGGGCACUCCGCGCGAGCGGUCACCCUUCCGUCAAGGGUCUCCGAUGGCUCCAACCCCGAAGCAUGACUUUGGUACCUCGCCUACGAGCAAUUUACGCUUCGGUGCCCACCAACAGCAGCAGCACGGCCUCGCUGGACAAGAUGCGUCAGGCCAGGCAUUCCGGACCCGAAUUGCGAGGAGCCAGGGAACGUCUACGCCACAGACAAUCUCACCCAAAGAUGCUGUUCUGGAAUACAGAGAUCCGGAUGGCGAGGGUGACAGCACGAAUUACUCCCUAUUUUCUCAAGGUGGUCAGCAAAGCUUCACCGUCGACCAAAUGAACAAGGCGGUGACGAACAUGGGCCAAUCGUAUGCCACUGGAAUGGGCAGUGGAGUUCCAGCCGCGCCUUAUAACUACAUGGCGCCGCAACUAAACCAAGGGUUGCAGCUGGCUCAACAAUACCCGUUCAUGGCUCAGCAUCACGGCAACUCCCCCAUGGCAGACUCGAUAUCGACAAACCAUUCACCUGUACCUGCUAUCCGCUCUGUCACCAGCCUGGCAGCUCUUUCCGAACCUGUUCCCGGAUCUCAACGUCCUGGCAUUGUCAACAACGACGGCGGAACUUACACCUGUACAUACCAUGGAUGCACUCGGCGUUUCGAAACCCCGGCUUUGCUCCAAAAGCACAAGCGUGAAGGCCACCGCCAGGCCAAUGCUCUGGUCGGCACACGCAAAACUGACAGCACCGCACCCCAGGGCCUUUUGAACACCCAAGCUGGCCCUCACCGCUGUGAGCGCAUAAAUCCGAGCACGGGGAAACCUUGUAACACAGUGUUCUCGCGCCCCUACGACCUAACUCGGCACGAGGACACCAUUCACAAUGGCCGCAAGCAAAAGGUUCGGUGCAAUUUGUGCACAGAGGAAAAAACCUUCAGUCGCGCAGAUGCUCUUACUCGCCAUUUCCGUGUCUGUCACCCAGAGGUCGAGUUUACAGGCAAGCACCGUAAACGGGGUGUUCAUGCGACCUAG